AUGUCAAUGGAGUUUUCAUCUCGAGACUACGCUUCCAACGGCUAUUCCAGGGCCAGACCAACGUAUCCCGUUGCAUUUUUCAAGCAACUUAGCGAUUUCCAUCAGGGCAAGCGUGAUUUACUCAUUGACGUUGGGUGUGGUCCUGGAAAGUUCACGCUUGAACUUGCCCAAAAUCUUCAAUUCCAAGACGUUUAUGGAACCGAUGUAUCUCCAGGUAUGAUUGACGCUGCAAUCAAGGAAAAGGGCGCCGGAAAAAAAACGGGGACUGUCCAGUUCAGUGUACACGCCGCAGAGGAUCUGGACUGGGUACCGGCCGGCACUGCAGACAUGGUUACGGCAGCGCAGUGCUGUCACUGGUUGGACUUUGAGGCUUUCGAAACUGCCGUUUUUCGAGCGCUCAGAAAUCGCGGCUCACUUGCCAUAUGGGGGUAUGUAGACCCUUCUUUUACGGAUUUUCCCGAACUCGAUACCGCUAUUGACGAGCUACAGUACGGGACGGACCAAUUGGGACCCUACUGGGAAAAGCCCGGUCGAGACAUUUUACGCGGUCUUUUGCAGUCUCAAAGACUCGAUCCAAAACGUUUUGACGACAUAAUUGAGGUCCUAUAUUGGUCUCGAAACUCCAAGAUCCCCACAACCCAGCUUACCCACAAACCGCUACGAAUUGAUUGCUCCAUGACUGUUGCCCAAUUCCAAGACUACAUCGGGACCUGGAGUGCUUACAACGCGUGGAAACGCGCCAACAAGAACACACAGCCCGAUGUACGCGAAAGGUUCAUCAAACAGGUGAAGGCCACCACACGUCUACGCUCUGAAUCUCUUAUAAAUGUCACUUGGAACACCGUGUUCAAAUUUGCACGCAAGAGGACGAGGCUGUGA